UUCCACCAGGCGAGGCCAGCUUUGGCCUGGUCGCUGCCCUAACUGCCCGCUCACACCGCCCUGAAAAAUGUGCUGCAUCGAGUGGAGUGGCCCACCUCCAACAAAUCUGUGCGGUCGAAAGUUGGUGAGAGAAGAUUCGCAACCUAAUCCUGAGAAGUUCGUACAUCCUCAGCACAACCGUCAAAAUGGGUACGUGAAUACAAUUGGAACGACAUUCAGCCUUCGUAUGCGAGUGGAUAGAACCUCACAGUUUAUAUCUGCGACCAUGGAAUCCGUCUCAUACGAGACUGGGUGCCGAAUUUGAGCAUGCCCGAACUUUUAAUGGCUGACUUGUCUUUGCAAAAUAGGUAUCGAUCUCGACCGUCACCACGUCAAGUCUACGCACCGCAAGGCGCCCAAGAGCGACAAUGUCUACCUUAAGCUCCUCGUGAAGCUUUACCGCUUCCUUGCCCGCCGUACCGACGCUUCCUUCAACAAGGUUGUUCUCCGACGCCUCUUCAUGUCCAAGAUCAACCGCCCCCCUGUCUCUCUCUCUCGUAUCGUUGCCAACAUCAACAAGGAGGGUGAGAAGCGCACCGUCGUUGUUGUCGGCACCAUCACCGACGACAACCGUCUCCUUACCUUCCCCAAGGUUACCGUUGCAGCUCUGCGCUUCACCAGUACCGCCCGUGCCCGCAUCGUCGCCGCUGGUGGUGAGGCCAUUACCCUCGACCAGCUCGCUCUCCGCGCUCCUACCGGUAGCAACACCCUGAUCCUCCGUGGUCCCAAGAACGCCCGUGAGGCCUUCAAGCACUUCGGCAUGGGUCCCCACAAGCACAAGAAGCCCCACGUCGUUUCCAAGGGCCGCAAGUUCGAGCGUGCUCGUGGUCGCAGAAGAUCUCGUGGUUUCAAGGUUUAAGCGAUGGCAUAGCAUGGUGGGGAUUGGUGACUGGUUGUAUCCAUGUGGCGAUUUCGGGACUGGUGAAAACUGUUAUUCAGCUUUGCAAUGGACUAAGGCACGGAGCUUCAUGGUUUGCAUCAAUUUUUACAGCAAAAAGGGGAUUAAAUUCGAAAUUAUAUAUCCAACC